CAGACUACUGGCGAUAUUUGUGCGCAGAGCUCCGUCGGUGUCUAUCUACACGCGUUGCGUCGGUAAUUCAGACGAAGCUGUAAUAAUAAAUAUCAUAUUAAAUAUGUUAAAAUUAUUUAAUAAAUAUUAAAAUGUAUCACGCCUCCGCUUAAUCUAAUCAAUUCGGCCGCCUACAUUUUUCGGUAGUAAAUUUUUCAUUUCUGCUGUCCAAGCUGCUGCACAGUCAGUAGCUGGUCGAGCAGUACGUGAAGAAGUUGUACUACGCGUGAGGGAGGAACAAAUUUCGAAAUAUACAUACAUACAUACGUGUUUGUGAAGUGCAGUGUCAGGCAGUGUCAAGCAGUUGACGACUGUCUAUGUGGGUUGGUUUGUAUUGCAGAAGAAAGUGAAAGUGAAAGCGUAAACGCAUAGCGCCGUAACGAACCGUGUCAGCAGGAUACGUCACAAGUGGCAAUGGAAAAACGCGAUGAUAAGCCCACACGCGCCGAUCCCAUCAUCUCUAUUUUGGGCAGUGAUUUGGGUCCUUGGCAGCUCAUUGUCUGCCUAUGGAUCUUCCUUUCCAAAUUCCCCACCGGUUGGGUACAGAUCUCGAUGGUGUUCCUACAAUCGCCAAUAAAAAGUGUCUGCGUUGCGCCUGAUAACAAUACUGAUGUUUGCUCAGCUGACUGCAAAGAGGUGGGGUACGACCGCUGUACUUUCCAAGAGAACAUCAUAACUGAAUGGAAUUUAAUCUGUGACCGUCAGUGGUUGUCUAGUCUGGCGCAGAGUUUCGUCAUGAUUGGCAUUAUGUUGGGCAACAUUGUUUUUGGUCUCUUUGCCGAUAAAUGGGGUCGUCGGCCCAUGUUUGUGAGUGCCUGCGUUAUGCAACUAGUGUUCGGCUGCCUUGUUUCAGCUGCUCCCUGGUUUUGGCUCUUUGUACUGCUGCGAUUCUUGGAUGGUUUCGCCACAGGUGCCACGAUGUCAACCGGCUUCACUAUCAUCAUGGAGAUUGUGGGCAAAAGCAAACGAGAAAUAAUGGCAAUACUCUACCAGAUUCCAUUCAAUCUAGGUCACGCCACUUUACCGGUCUUCGCCUAUUUCUUUAGGCAUUGGCGUUGGUAUCAUCUCGCCUUCUCCUCAUUCUCAGCGCUCUACAUACUCUUCUAUUGGACUGUGCCGGAAUCACCACGCUGGCUCUUCACCACCGGUCGUACCGAUCGCGCUGUCAAAAUACUUGAAACUGCCUGCAAACGCAAUAAAGUCGCCACCGAUAAUAUACGCAGCGAAUUGGAGCAGGCCUCACAGAUCAAUGCCGCCUCACCCGCCUCGAAGAAGGGUAAUAUCAUCGAUCUCUUUCGACAUCCCUACUUGUGUCAGAAAACCUUGGCAAUGGCCUUCAACUGGCUCGUCGUCUGUCUUGUCUAUUAUGGCGUGUCGCAGCAUAUUUCGCAUUUGGGCGGUGACAUCUUUAUGAAUGUCACAAUCGGUGCUGCGCUGGGUGUGCCCGGUACACUACUCUGUAUACCGAUGACGAAAUAUCUUGGACGUCGCAUAACACUUUUCCUUUCGAAUUCACUCAGUGGCAUUGCUUUGAUGGUGCUGGCUUUCGCACCAUCACUAAGCAGCACAAUGACAGUGACAAUGGCCACCGUGGGUCUAUAUGGCGCUUCUGUGACAUUUCCGAAUGUUUAUCUAUAUGGUGGUGAGCUGUUUCCGACAGUGGUGCGCAAUUCAGGUGUCGGUCUGUGCUCAUUUGUGGGUCGUGUAGGCUCAAUUGUGGCGCCCUUCAUAUCGGCCUUGUCGACGCGUGGUCUGUGGAUACCACCAGCGGUGUUUGGCGGUUUUUCUCUUGCAGCCGCAGCAUCGGUAUUGCUUUUGCCGGAGACACGCGGCUUUCCCUUGCCUGAAACUAUCGAGGACGGCGAGACGUUUGGCAAGAAGAAAAGGGAGGAACAACUGUGAAGUGUGGACUAUUGUUGAUUUUGGUUAAUAACGAACUUUUUGUUGAGAUUUAAUUAAGAUGUCGAUAUAAUGCAUAAUAUAAUAUAAUAUAAUAGACAAAUAUACACAUGUGCGUAUGUAUGUUAA